GCUGAGGGACGGGCGGAAGCUGCGGGCGGCGGCGGCGGCGGCGGUGGCCGGGAGCGGCCCGGCAGCGGCCCGAUGUGGCUGCAGCAGCGGCUCAAGGGGCUGCCGGGGCUGCUGUCCAGUAGCUGGGCCCGCCGCGUGCUAGGGCUGCUGGGCUUCGUGCUGCUGCUCUGGUGGUACGUGGGUGGGCAGGCGAGGCGGACGGGUUCCGGGGCCGGGUCGGGCCUGCACCUGCUGCCCUGGAGCUCGGGCCCCGGCGAGCCUCGCGCCGCGGCGCCGCAGGCCUGCGUGGAGGCGGCCACCCGCUCGUGGCAGUCGCUGCAAGAGCGCGGCGAGGCGGUGCCGCUGAGCGCCCGGGCUCCCGACGGCGCCGCGGCCGCGGCCGCGGAGUCCGCCCCGGCCCCGCCGCCCGCCCUGGUAGGCAACGGCUUCCUGGCCCUGGACGUGAGCCGCAACCGGCUGUGGGUGACGCCCGGCGAGCGGCAGCCGCCCGUGGCCCCGGAGCUGGCGCCCUUCGUGCAGCUGCGGCCGCUGAGCGCGCAGGCCGAGGCGGGCGCCGCCGCGCUGCUGCUGCGCCAGGGCCUGGUGCGCCGCGUGCGCUGCCUGCAGCCGCCCGAGCCGCCGCCCGGGGCCGGGGCCGGGGCCGGGGCCGGGGCCGGAGGGGCCGCGGGCGGCGGGGGCCCGGCGGCGCCGGCGGGGCCGGGGGCCCAGUGCGUGCUGCUGCAGGAGGACUUCUUGGCGCACCGCGCGCGUCCCCACCUCUACGUGCAGCGCAUCCACAUCCACAACCCCACGGAGCGCGUGGCCGCGCUCUGGACCGUGGCGCCCACUCCCAGGCCGCCCCUCAAGACCUUCACCAGCACCCUGGAGAAGGCCGGCGACCACCAGUUCCUGCUCCACUCGGGACACUCGCCCCCGCUACCCAACGGCAAGGUCAACCUGGUGGUGGUGGCUGCCAAAAAGCUGGUGGAUCUGCUCCAGGUGUCCCCCAAGUCGCUGCUGGACGAGGCCGUGCUGUGGGUGGUUUACAUCUCGGAGCCCUUGGACCUGCGGGCCCUGAGGGCCAAGGGGGCUAAGGAGAUGAAGGAACUGAAGACCCUCCAGGACAUGGCUCGGAAGGAGAUCUUGGAGCUGAUGGAGAUCCCCGUGGCCGAUCUCCUCCAGGACCAUCAGCAGCUCUGGGCCCAGCUCUUCGCCUCAGGGGUUGAAAUGAAAAAGAUCAAUGAUGCUCACACACCAUCUAGCCUGACUGUCAACUUGACACUGUACUACAUGCUGUCCUGCUCACCAGCCCCUCUGCUGAGUCCUACCCUGAACCGGUGGGAACGGGAGCAGAUGGAGUCAACUCUGAAUUAUGAAGACCACUGCUUCAGCGGUCAUGCAACCAUGCACGCAGAGAACCUUUGGCCAGGAAGGUUGUCUAGUGUUCUCCAGAUCCUGCAGCUCUCUGAUGUGUGGAAGUUAACACUCCAGAAACGGGGGUGCAAGGGACUGGUGAAGGUGGGGGCCCCGGGGAUUAUGCAAGGAAUGGUGCUCAGCUUCGGGGGUCUGCAAUUCACGGAAAACCACCUUCAGUUCCAGGCAGAUCCUGACGUGCUCCACAACAGCUACAUCUUACACGGGAUCCACUAUAAGACUGAUCACAUCAACUUGGCUGUCCUUCUGGAUGGGGAGGGGAAGCCAUUCCUGCAUGUAUCUGUCAGGCCCCACAGCCCACCCGUCAAGAUCUACGCCUGUGAGGCCGGCUGCCUGAACGAGCCUGUGGAACUGACCUCUGAGCCCCAGGGCCACACUUUCCCUGUCAUGGUGACCCAGCCCAUCACCCCCCUCCUCUACAUCUCCACAGACCUGUUGCACUUGCAAGACCUGAGGCACACCCUGCACCUGAAAGCGAUUCUGGCCCAUGAGGAGCACAUGGCUAAACAGUACCCUGGCCUGCCCUUCCUCUUCUGGUUCAGCGUGGCCUCCCUCAUCACGUUGUUCCACCUCUUCCUGUUCAAACUCAUCUACAAUGAAUACUGUGGGCCCGGAGCCAAGUCGCUCUUCAGGAGUAAGGAAGAUCCCAGUGUCUGAGUGAAUUAACAGUACCGCUUUCAGCCUCCAUUUGCACAAGACACCCAGCACCUGAAAUGUCCUGCUGCUGCGAACAAGGGACCUUUUGAAAGCAACAACCCUAUUGUGCCUUGUUGGGGGAAAACCAGUGACUCGGAAGUGUUUGUGGCUGUUCAGGAAUUUUACAUUGGAAUGAACGAGCGUCACUUUGGGGAUGAGGGGAGGGAGAGAGGCCGUAAUGACCUUUUGUAAACUACCACCUUAAUAAAGUGAACCUAUUUGGAAAUUA